AUUUUGACUCCUUAUCAGUAUGCCAGUUUACAGCAGAUUGAUGACCCAAAUGAAAUUUGCCCUCCUCCGACUCCACAGAUAAACACGUUAAACAAUCAUCAAUAUGUAAGUUGACUUUUUAAUUAACCUUCUCAUCUGCAGUGUUAUAAAACAAUUAACUGAAAUGUAUUUGCCUUUCUUCUAGCUUACUCAGUGUUAUAAUCUUCUGGAUCUGGUCUCUGCUACUUGUAUGGUAUCCAAAAUUCCCUUUAUUAAACGGUGCCAGCGGGACCUGCAGGAAUGUGACAUUCCAGGGGACAACAACUGUGCAUGUGCAACACUUUCAGAGUACUCUACAAGGUGUGCCUUGUGCUCGCAGCCACUCAGCAACUGGAGGACCAAGAACCUCUGCUCCUUGGGCACAUGUCCAUCCAAUCAGAUUUAUGAAGAAUGCGCAAAUCCCUGCAGCCCCACUUGUUCGAACCCUCAAUACACAUGUAAUUCACACUGUGUUUAUGGCUGCUUCUGCCCACCAGGAACUGUUCUUGAUGACCUGUCUAGAGACAACACCUGUGUCCCAGUCAGCGACUGCCCUUGUUUUUUCAAUGGACAAAUCUACAGCCCUGGAGAACAUAUUCGUACUGAUUGCAGUGUUUGCCAAUGUAAUGCAGGGCAGUGGAGCUGCACAAACACUCCUUGUCCCGGAAGAUGUGCUAUAGAAGGUGGCUCAGUGAUCACAACUUUUGACACAAACUCAUACCGGUUUCAUGGAAUUUGUACUUAUGUCCUGGUCUUGAGCCCCAAUUUCCCUGAAGGUGGCACCAUAAUGGGAACAUUUGAAAAGUGCGGUGUGAGCUCGUCAGAAACCUGUUUCACAAGUAUUAUCUACUUAACAUCAAAUGGUGCAAUAACAUUGUCUAAGAGUGAUCAAAUCACAGUGGAUGGUCAAAUAACCCAGCUACCUUUUAUUUCGGAUAAUGUAUUCGUCAUAAGACAGUCGUCCACAACUAUCAUCCUGUAUACAACAUUUGGUCUGGAAAUCGUGGUGCAGAGAAUUCCUGUUUUCAGUGCUUAUAUUAAAGUGAACAGAGAUUUCUUUGGAAACACCAAAGGUUUAUGCGGCAACUUUAACAGUGAAACCGAGGAUGACUUCAUGUCCAGCUCUGGAAUUAUAGAAGGAACGGUGACAGUAUUUGUUGACUCUUGGAGAGCAGCUGCAAACUGUAAGGCAGGCCAAACUAUGGACGUCAAUCCAUGUUCCAUGAGUAUAUCCAAUGAAUUGUUUGCACAGGCACACUGUGCAGCUCUGGUGAACAAGGGAACUCCGUUUGAUGCAUGCCAUUCACUUGUGAAUCCUGAACCCUACUACAAGAGAUGUGUCUAUGAAGCAUGUAACUAUCAGCAGACAAUGAACUUCAUCUGUUCUGCAUUGGGCUCCUAUGCCCGGACCUGUGCAGCAAAGGGAGUCCAGGUGAAGAACUGGCGAAGUGCCACCAACUGCAAUAUUGCUUGCAGCGGUAACCAGACAUACAGUGAUGACACUACUGCCUGUGGACGGACCUGCCUGUCUCUCUCUAAUGUUCAGCUGGAGUGUUACCCAAAUGACAUCCCAAUUGGAGGUUGCAACUGUCCUUUGGGGUUUUAUUUAGAUGAUAAGCACAGAUGUGUCCCCAAAUCACAAUGUCCCUGUUAUGUGAAUGAGAAUACUGUCAUCAAGCCUAACCAGCAAACAGUCCUCAAUGGACUUACUUGUUACUGCAUCAGAGGGAAACUUAACUGCAUUGGACAAGCACUUGAUUUUGCUGAAACCUGUGAGGCCCCAAAAGUCAUGAAAACGUGUGGAUCCUUGACUGAUAAAUACGGAGCAGCUUGUGCCCCUACGUGUCAGCUUCUGGCCACUGGCAUUCGUUGUGUACCAACCAAGUGUGAGGCUGGUUGUGUUUGCCCCGCUGGUACUUAUGAGGACCACGAUGGUAGUUGUGUGCUUGAAAGUGAAUGUUCCUGUGAAUAUGGAGGUAUCAUAUACAAGAGUGGAGAGUCCAUGCAUGGGGAGUGCCAGAGCUGCACCUGCAGUGGAGGCCAUUGGCAGUGCAACGAGAACCCACGCUGUGCCUCAACAUGUAUGAUGUAUGGAGAAAGCCACAUAAAAACAUUUGAUGGACAACAGUAUUUGUUUGAUGGGGACUGCGAAUAUACUCUAGUGACGGAUGGAUGUGGAAUGAACACAUCUGAAGCUUCGUUUAAGAUAGUAACAGAGAAUGUGAUCUGCAGUACCACUGGAGCCACCUGUUCACGAGCCAUCACUAUCACAAUUGGGAACACAGAACUGAAGCUGUUUGAUGAAAAAUACUCCAUCUCACAAGACACGCCAAAUGUGGAUAUAAAAGUGCACAACAACACCCUUUUCACCAUGUUUGAUAUCACCAUCCCCAAUAAAUUCUACAUCUCACUCCACUGGAACAAGAACAUGAAUUUAUUCAUAAAGAUUCUGAAACUUGGCAAGGAAUCAGUGUGUGGGCUUUGUGGCAACUACAACGGAAAUACGAAGGAUGACUUUGAAACUAGGAGCAAGUAUGUGGCCGCCACUCAACUUGAGUUCAUUAACUCGUGGAAAGACAGGCCAACGUGUAUGGAUGUAGAAUUUGCUGUGGAUGCCUGUGGAGCAAACCCAAAGCGUAAGACCUGGGCUGAAAUGAGCUGCCAGAUUCUUCAAAAAGAUCCUUUUACCCAGUGCCAUAAGUUGUACCAAGGACUUGCCAAUCUGAAGAGGGCAAAGCUACUGGCGUUUGAAUCAGCAGUGUUGUCUAUGGCCCCAUGA